CCGGGGCGGCGGCAGGCAGCGCCGUGCCGUGUCCCGCCGCGCUCCGAUCAGCUCCGCCGCGCUCCGCUCCGCCGGCCCAGCCCAGCCAUGCCGCUGCCCCGCGCCGCCCUCCUGCUCGGCCUCCUCCUGGCCGCCGCCGCCGCCGAGUCGGUGAGAGAAACUGAGACCAUGGAUGCCAGAUGGUUCGACUACCCUGCCUCUGGAGACUUGCCAGAUGAUGAAGACAUUGGCGAAUUCAAGCCUCACUUCACUUCUGAUGGGUUAGAUGAAUAUGAGGCAUCUGGUUCUGGAGACUACGUAGACUCUGAAGAUGCCAUGUCUCCAACCACCACGGAUAGUCCUGUGAUAGCUGACAACUAUAUCCCUGGAGAUACUGAGAGAAAGAGAGAAGGUGAGAAGAAAAACACGAUGGUGGACAAUGAAAUCAUUCCAGAUAAAGCCUUACCUGUUGAAGAGAACCUGUCCAACAAGAUCUCCAUGGCAAGCACAGCCAACAGCAGCAUCUUUGAAAGAACAGAAGUGCUUACAGCUCUCAUUGCAGGAGGGGCAGUGGGCCUCCUGUUUGCUGUCUUCCUGAUCCUCCUCUUAGUCUAUCGUAUGAAGAAAAAGGACGAAGGCAGUUACGAUCUUGGGAAGAAACCAAUCUACAAGAAAGCCCCUACAAAUGAAUUCUAUGCUUAAAGCUCAACAGCACCUUGUGCCCAUCAAGAGACAAACAGACUGUGUGGAGAUAGUGUGCCCUCAGAUGAGACAUGCUGAACAAAUGUUCUUUUUGGAUUGAAUUUCAAAGUGACUUUGAGGAAAAAAAACUUCUACAUGACCCUUCCCAUCCUGCUCAGCUAUCAAGGGCCCAAUGAAAUACAAAGAGUCUGAAAAAAAAACAGUCUAUUUUUUCUAAAGCUAGUGUAAAAAUGCCAAAUUUUCUGUUUGGUUUGGUAGAGGGUAUAUAAACACAAAAGAGACUGUAUGGAAGCAAACACUGUGUGUUUGCAUCCAGUAUGCAGUGCUCAGAUUGGCUUCUUCUGUAGAAGAUGGCUUUUUGUUUUAUAAACCUUGCUAAUAGAUGUCUUGCAGCAGGCUGUUGAUGUGAAGCAUUUUUGUGGAGAACUAUUUAUGAAUCUCUUACACUACAGAUAAUGUUGCCUUAUCAGGGAGUAUAGAGCACUUUAGGGCUUAAAAUCCCUGAGCACCAUAAAGGGCCUAUGGGAGCAUUUUCCCCAGGAGACUUCUCUCUUCCUGUUGGCCCCAGGCAAGGGUCACUAGUCCAUGAAAUCAGGACAGUCUGUUUUGUUUGGCUAUGACAACACCCUUUCCUUGCCUUCAGUCUCUUACCUUUCUAGGAUUGUUUGUAGAAUUUUUAUAACAAAAUUUUAAAGAAAAUAGCCUAAUGUUUAUAUAAAGUUUGUAGAAAUUGUUUUGAAAUAAAAAAAUCUACUUUUUUAAUUUCCUCAGAUUUAUUUUUUCAAUCCCUUUGUGUUUCCUUUUGCUGGGCAUUUCUCUAGAUAUGUUUUUUAUAUGAUUCAUAUUCUGAACUGAAGCAGUGCUAGCUACAGUGUGUUACAGGUUUCUUUAGUUCUAUAGCAGCUACUGUAGAGGAUAAAGGUAUUUAUGGUUUUCCCAUAAUUAUUUUUGCAUUUGAUUUUUUUUUUCUUUUUUUAUAGAAUUAUUUAUAGUUUCUGAAAUGGCUGCUCUUCUCAUUUGGUAACUUUUAUCCUUUUUAUGUAAAACACUAAUAUAAUGAGUCUCUGUGGAAACUAUUUAAGCUUUAUUCUGUGAAUUUUAAUUAUAAAUUCAAGGCAAUAACUCCUAGAAUUAAUCUGUAUGCAAAAUGGGAUUCAUAAUAUGAUUGAAGUAGGGAAAAGAUGAGAGUAUUUUUAGUCUGUAAUAUAUUAUAAUCAGUCCUAUAGAGCUAUAUAUUUUACUGAAAAUACAGUUAAGAGUAAAAAGGCUGGAGUUAAUUCUUCAGCAGCCUUACUGUGUGAGAGAGGUUUGAUCUAGCUUGUACUGUUAUUUGUCCAGUGUCUUGUCUACAGUGCAGGUGUUCUUGUGGCAGCUGGGUCCUGGCUCAUGGCCACCGAGCCCUGGCGUCUGUAGCACCCCGGCUGGGGCCCGAGGCAGUGCUCUUCGGUUCACUGCCGUGCCCUGGACGCAGGCUGCAGUAGGUGAUGUGUCAGAUCCGCUCCUCUGUGGCGGAGCUCAGAUCCCUGUCUUCUUCCUGGGGUUGCUUUAUCCCUUUGGAGCAAGUGCUGACAGCUCGCAGUGCAGAGGAAGGCACUCUGCCUUGGGGAAUGCCGAAGCUGCGGAGUCCCCUGUGGUGCCGUGCUGAGUCCCUGCCUCUUGCAGAAGGCUGGCUUUGGUAGCUAGAAGCCUGCCUGGGUGGUACCUCCCGUGCGGGAACUCCGGGCUUUUGCACAUUGCUAGCUCUGAACCUCCUGCAGUGGGCCUCCAACGUAUCAUGUAAAUAGCUCCUACCUCUGCUGAGAGUUAGACCAAUUCCCCAAAAUGCUCCUAGAGUGAAGGGUAACGUGCGUGUCCUAGGUCUCUGUUUCAGGAAGGAGUUACAGAACUACUUUGUGCAAAUCUUGUCCUAUUGCAGCUGCUAGUGUGUUAGGACACGAUCUGAGUGUGAUGUCUUCAAUUGGAGUGAUCUUGUAGGCAGUACAAAACUAGUGGGUUGUGAAGACUGUUUAAACAAAUCUCAUCAACUCCUCAAGCCUUCUCACAGAGACUGUGUUGUAGGCUUGGGGGCCAAAUUUAGGCCAACAGAACAAAGAAAUUCUGGUGCUGUAAGUUCUUUGCCAGUGAGGUGGAGAUAUCAGGGGAGUGAUGUACUGGGUUGUCAGUGCAAGAGGACUUGUCCCAAGGCUUUUCCUCCAGAUUGACUCCCUUACUUGGUUCCAGUACAAGCUUGUUCCUGGAAACUGCAGGCUCUGGGACACUGUUUAAAAAAACAAACAAACAAAAAAAACUGUUUAGAGUUUACUGUAGACUGGGAGGACUUUUACUGCCUAUGGUCAGCACUACCAGGAAGGCAGGAGCAGUGUCUGCAUCUCUGGAUGUUUAGAGUCUGUUGUGUAAUUGCUUUGGGGGAUUUUCCACUGUUACCGAUUUAUUUUUUUUUGCUCAAAUAAACUGGUACUUUCUAAAA